AUGAAUUAAUUUGUCAAUAGAUUGUAAACUUAAAUAUUAGAUUUUAUUAUAAAGUACUUUUAAAGGGCUAAACUCUAAUAUACUCCUUAGAUAAAAUCUUAACUAUUUAUUUCAUUGUAAUAACUUUAAACUAUUGUCAAGUAGCUCAAUAAAAAAAAGGCUUUUACUGUAUAACCUAAAGCACCAUCGGCCUAAUUGACACUUUUAUAAACUGGAAAAAAACUAUUAAAAUUGCUUUGUGAUGAAACUUAAAUUAUAUUUGUAUAAUUCUUGAAUAGUGCAUAUGUCUAGUAUUUUAUUGAGGCUGAUUUCAAGCUGCUCUAUCCUCCUAUUACAUAAAGAUUGUCAUAUGGAUCAUCUUAAACAAAGCUUAUGUCAAUUCCCUUAGAUAUAAGCACAUUUUAAUAAGUUUUUAUUGGUGAUAAAUCUUAUUUAAAUAUAAUAAACGAUCUAUCUGAAAAAUAAGAAAUUAUUUCAAAUAUAAUAUUGUUUUCUAUUUAGUAACUUAAAGGAAAAUUCCUUAUUUUCCAUAUCUGUAUUUAAAAUGAGCUGUUAUACGAAGCAUUUAAUGUCAAUUUAUCAUUUUCUACCUUAAAAACUGAAAAAGAAUAUUAUUUUUAGAUAAUUAGAUACUUACUAGAGUCUAGUUUGGCUUAAAUUAUAGCUUCGUCAAAGAAGGAACUACAAUCUUAAAAUAGUAGUUAAAAAUCUUUGUCAAAUGCCUUAAAGCAAGAAUCAUAUAAGAGAUAUGAAUUACCAUUAAAAGAGUAAAUUACAUCAAAUGCAAUUAUGCUAUUCUGA